AUGCCUUGGGAAUCCUCGGUAUCUAAAAUGAAAGCUUUCCAGGAGUUUUAUAAAAAAAUAGAAAGGAUUCCAGAUACACUAAUGGAACUUCAUUAUGAUCCGCCCAUGACUUAUUAUAAUAAUUUAAAAACCUAUCCUAGUUUUGUGCCAUACGAUCUUUAUCAUAAUUUCGAUGAAAAUUUCGAUUCUAAAUCGAGUAGAGACGAUCGUAGAAGAUUAGGUCCCAUAUUGGAAAAUAUAUAUAAGGAAGAAGAAAAAAAAUUUGUACCGAUAACAAAUCAACUUUGGUACGGUAGACCGGUACUAUUUGAAAAUCUAUUAGAUUUUGAAUCUCGUUUUAAUAAACCACUUACUUACGUUCAAGUUUUUGAACUAUCAAAGGAAAAAAUUCUUUUGCUGUUGAAUUGUUUGGUUCAUAAUUUAAAACUGCAAUCAAAUAAAAAAUUAAUAAAUAAACCUUAG